AUGGAUGCGUGCGCAGACCUCAAAAAGCCCGAGCAAGCCAUGGAACAGCAUCAAGCCUUGCUUCAACUGGCUAAGCAGAUGAAAAGAAAGAUUCCCGAAGACCGCAAGAGCAGAGACGCAUUGCUAGCGGGCUUCCUACCCGCGCCUGGACUUGAAACAGCGAAUUCUGAUAGCGAGGAUAGUGAUGAUAGCGAGGAUAGUGAUGAUAGCGAGGAUAGCGAGGAUAGUGAUGAUAGCGAGGAUAGCGAGGAUAGUGAUGAUAGCGAAGAUAGCGAAGAUAGGCUUUGGAUCAACACGUCGUUCUUACCACCGGCAUAUCCGCCUUCCGUCGUCCCUCUCAACGGCCUGCAGCCUAUCGCGAUCCAAAAGCUUCGGCUUGAACGACAACAUCGCGGCCGCUAUAUUGUAUUGCGAUCCAUCACGUCUCCAAAACGUAUGGCAGCGAUUGAGGUUCUGGCGGAAGACGAGCAUGGGGAUGUCAUACCAUUGCAAUUGUACCAGCAGGAAGAUGAAGCAACCCGCCCAGCCACAGACAUUAUCCAUGAGAACUCGGUUGUCCUCAUCAAGGAGCCGUUCUUCAAGUUCACGGCACGUGGAGAUUACAGUCUGCGAGUGGACCACCUUUCCGAUGUAGUGUUCCUCUCAGACAGCGACAUCAUAGUACCUCAAUUAUUUCAACGACCGCAGGUCAAAACAGCAGACACGUUGAGAUUCGAGGGAGAUAUCCUUAUAGGCGAUGGAAAGAACUGGCAGGCGAUUGAUAAGUAUUCAGCUGCCUUGCUGCAAUCACCUACACCCGACGAGAUCAAGGUGAUGAAGCGAAAUCGAUCGUUAGCCUACCUCAGAACCAGGCAAUAUGAAGCGGCGCUCUCGGAUAUCGGAAAUUACAAUGAAGAAGUAUCAGACGAGGCUUUGCUUCGUGCCUCAGAAGCACUUUACUACCUGGCCCGUUAUCAAGAGUGCUGCAACGUGCUAGAAAGGCUCUGCGAACUGUUUCCGAACAGAGAAGACGCCGUUCGUGCGCUUGCUCGUGCUCGGCGCCGAUGCGACGAGCAUGCUAGUGGACAGUUCGACUUCAAACACCUCCAAGACCAAGCAACAGAAGUCCGACCGCCGCAUCUAGAUCACGCUUCGUACACUAAGCCAGUAGAGAUUCGCACGGUAGAAGGCAAAGGUCGCGGUCUAUUCACAACCCAGUCUCUCAAGGUCGGCGAUUUGGUGCUGUGUGAGAAGGCCUUCAGCCACGCUCAUCUUGAUGAGGGCGAGAGAGGCAACGCAAGCUUCACUCGCUUAGUCAAUCUCGAGAGGAACUCGGACAUCACAGGCGUCAAGGCCGACCUUAUUCGCAUGAUCGCGCAGAAGCUGUACAAGAACCCUUGUCUGGCCCCUGGUUUCACCGAAUUGUAUCAUGGCGACUAUCAAGCGGUCGAUACACAGCGCAUGGAUGGUCGACCGGUAGUGGACACCUUCCUCAUCGAACGAAUCACGGCUCUCAACAACUUCGGCUGUGCUCUCACGAGUCUGAACAUAUACAAAGACCGACUGGCACAGAGGAGCACGCCAAAAGAGAAACUCCAUGACUGUGGCAUCUGGAUCACAGCCUCAUACAUCAACCACAGCUGUUUGGGCAACGUCUGUCGAACAUUCAUUGGAGACAUGAUCAUCAUACGCGCGACCAAGGACUUGGAUGCGGGCACAGAAGUCACAUUCCCGUAUGUUUUUCCGGAAGGGAAAUACAAUUCGAAAAUGGUCGAAGAGCUAGAUCAUUGGGGCUUCACCUGCAAGUGCCCGCUCUGCGAAGAUAUCAAAACCACCGAAUCUGCGGACCUCACGAAGAGGCAGGACUUGUUGAACCAACUAAAAAAACUCUUUAAAUCUCCGGUGACAGGAAUCCAGUAUACGAACGAGGUCGAACGCUUAGCCGAGGCGCUCAACGAGACGUACGCUUGUCCGGCGGAAGAAGUGCCUAGGCUCAUGUUGUGGAGUCCGUACCACGUACUGACACGGAUCUACAUGGCGCGCCUCGUUGAAGCCAAAUUGAAGCGCCUCUUUAUUGGCAAAGCAUUGGGGGCCAUGGGUAAGUCUCUUCAAGCUAUGGGCUUCCACUUGACCGGGCUUGACCGCACGUCUGCGCCUUUGAUGAUCACACGAUGGGGUCAUGUGGAAGAUCGUCUGGUAGAAGUCUUCCUGCAUGCGCGAUCAGUGUUUGAGCAGUUGGGGUUGUUGACCAAGAUGGAACAAGCGGAUCGAUAUGCGCGUACAGUGUAUCGAGUAGUGGUGGGGGAAGAUGCGUCAUUCGAUGAGACGCACCCUAGGUCUUCUUAG